UGACAAACAUCAGGUUGCUAUGCUGUGGAACAAGAGUUUGAAGAAUAGCUCUAGCAAAAUAGAUGGGAUUUAACAUGUAACUGCAUUUAAAGCUUUACUGUUUCCAAUAUAAGAUUACUAUUAAACUAUAUUUACUGCAAAUAAUAAAGAUUCCAUAGUUGAAAAAAGCAAUGCCUCCUCCAGACACCAUGUACUGCGCCCAGCAAAUCAACAUCCCCCCUGAGCUGCCAGACAUCUUGAAACAGUUCACCAAGGCAGCCAUCAGGACCCAGCCCCACGAUGUGCUGCAGUGGUCGGCUGCCUACUUCAGCGCCCUGUCCAAAGGGGACACGCUCCCAGCCAAGGAGAGGAUGGAGAUGCCCGUGGCCACACAGAAGACAGACACGGGACUGACACCUGGUCUGCUCAAAGUCCUCCACAAGCAGCUGUCCUCUAAAGAGACGGUUGCUAAGGAGGACCUCCAGCAGAAGUGGCAAGGCCUGUGUCUGCCCCUGGAGCAGCUGGACACAUUGCUGGCACUGGGAAACUUCAGCACCGACAUCACCUGGAUGCAUUUCUUUGCUCUGGGCUGCAGCACUCUGGGAGGGACCAUCAUCAGCUCGCUGAAGUUUGCGUGUGAGAUCCUGACGGAGGAUGAGGAGGGGGGUGCCGCCCGGAUCCCCUUCGACACGUUUGUGGGUCUGUACAACUACCUGGCCCACCUGGAUGGAGAGAUCCCCCAGCACCAGACAGACAGCUUCCUGCACAGCCUGAGGGAGUCUGUCUCCAGACAGAAUGGUAUGAUACAGGUGGCACAUUUCUACAGCCGUAAGAAGUGAGACAAUAGAGAGACUGAUGACAGGGACAUGGAACAGACAGGAAGAGUGGAGUCUUUACUUUUUCUACAAAUAAAUGUUACUAGAAUCCCCCAAGUAUUGACUCAUUGUAUGGUAACCCCCCAUAGCAUUGGAACAGGAGAGUUCCAGCAGGACUUGGGGGCCAGUGAAACAGGGGUGGGGGGUAGACAGAUAGAUCCUCAACUUGAUUUGUGUUCCUAAUGCUUUUUAUCAUUUAAUGAGUUCAGACCUUAAUAUGUUCUGACCAUUCUCUUGUCUCCUGAGAAUGGUACUGCUUACAGUUAUUCCAGAGUUAUUUUGCCCAAACUGUACCAAUGUGUUUCUCUUUGUUAUUUGUAUUUAACAACUGUUUGAGUCAGGGCAGAAUUUCCUGGACAAAACUAUCUAUGUAGUUGUGCCUGGCUCCACACUAGAUUUUCUUAAGGGAGAUGAUGAUUGUUGAGGACUGGUGUGAGAAGAGAGAGAGGGAGAGAGAGGAGGAGUGGACAGCCAUAAAGGAGGAGAGAAAAAGAGGGAGAGAGAGACAGAUGAAUGAAGACAGCCACGCAGAUGGACUUGAGAAGAAGGAGAGAUGAUAGAAGGACAGAGUAAGAAAGAACACAUCUGGAUGAUUGACAGCCUAUCAAAGGUGUUACAAGGGUCCCCAGGGAGGGAUGGUGAGACCGGCUGACCUCAUGGGUCUGGAGGCUGUGGACGUGACGGAUCCUCCCAGCUCCUCCAGCUACAUGGGUCUCCCUGGCUCGGUCAGGACAGAGUAGAGGCCGACACAAG